GUUAAUUCUCCCCAAAUAUUUUUUAAGACAUAUCGAUUCCUUAACCUUCUUCAUCUCCAACUCGCUCGAUAGCGACAGCAACAGCAACGGCAACUCAGGCUCGCCGCUAUUCACCAUUGAAAUAUGUAUAUAUAUAACAUUGUAAAAGCCUUCUUCUUCAAGCCAAUUUCCCUCUAUUUCCUUCUCAGAGCGUAAGGUCAAUUCCCGGGCCUUUGCCUUUUGUUAUUCAUUCCUACCUCUGGAACGCGAGAACCCAUCCACGCUGCGAGCGGAUCGCAGUCAAAUUUAUAUAGGUGUCUCAGUGCUUCAUUUUCCACGACCCAGCGUCAAAUUUGGGCAGCAACUACUUGACUCGAUAUGGAUAACUUGGAACAUACCGUUGAGGAAAGCAAUGAUCUUGGUGUCGUGUUGAGGAAGGGAAGGGAAAUCCUUUUGCAGGGUUUUAACUGGGAGUCUCAGAAACAUGGCUGGUGGGAAAACUUAGAAAAGAAAGUUCCUGAUAUUGCAAAAUCUGGGUUUACAUCUGUAUGGCUGCCACCAGCUACUCAUUCCUUUUCACCCGAAGGGUACCUUCCCCAAAACCUAUAUUCACUCAGUUCGUCAUAUGGGUCUGAGCAGUCAUUGAAAGCUUUACUUCAAAGUCUGGAGAAGUUCAAAGUUAGAGCAAUGGCUGACAUAGUAAUCAAUCAUCGUAUUGGAACUACUCAAGGACAUAGAGGAAUAUAUAACCGUUAUGAUGGAAUUCCACUAGCAUGGGAUGAGCAUGCUGUCACGUCUUGUACUGGUGGAUUAGGUAACCAUAGCACUGGAGACAACUUCCAUGGGGUUCCAAAUAUUGAUCACAGCCAAGAAUUUGUCCGGAGAGACAUCAUAGGGUGGCUGCAGUGGCUGCGUAGUAUUGGUUUUCAAAAUUUUCGCUUUGAUUUUGCAAAGGGUUAUUCAGCAAAAUAUGUGAAAGAAUACAUUGAAGGAGCAAAGCCUAUAUUUUCUGUUGGGGAGUAUUGGGAUUCUUGCAAUUAUAAUGGAUCUAUAUUAGACUACAACCAAGAUAGCCACAGACAAAGGAUCAUUAAUUGGAUUGAUGCCACGGGGCAGCUUUCAACUGCAUUUGACUUCACAACCAAGGGGAUUCUUCAGGAAGCUGUAAAGGGGCAGUUCUGGCGCCUGCGGGACCCUGAAGGGAAGCCUCCAGGUGUAAUGGGGUGGUGGCCUUCUAGGGCUGUCACAUUUAUUGAGAACCAUGACACAGGCUCAACCCAGGCUCAUUGGCCUUUCCCCUCAAAUAAUAUUAUGGAGGGUUACGCAUACAUACUUACACAUCCAGGAAUACCCACGGUGUUCUAUGAUCACUUCUAUGAUUGCGGUGAUUCCAUUCACGAACAAAUUGUUAAAUUGAUGGAGAUAAGGAGGAGUGAGGAUAUUCACAGCCGGUCAUCUGUCAGAAUUUUGGAGGCCCAAGACAAUCUCUAUUCCGCGAUAGGAGAGAAAAUAUGCAUGAAGGUUGGGGAUGGUUCAUGGUGUCCAACAGACGGAGGGUGGACACUAGCAACUAGCGGACAAAGAUAUGCAGUAUGGCAAAAAAAGGAAUAAUCGUAUAGCUUGUUAGUUUCUUUUCAACUUUUGAUCCUCUCCUGCCGGGAAUGAAUCAAUAAGUUAUAGUAUAGAAAUGGCGAUAUGGCGUGGUAUGGUGUACUUAGAUUGAGUUAAUGGCGAUGCUUAUUAUCUAUGUCC